AUGAAGAAAGUCAACUUUGUGUCUGCUGAAGAGAUGGAACCAGUCCAAGAAGGGGAGGAUACACAAUUUGCUGAGGUGUGCUACAUGAGCAAUGGGCAAGGAGGUUACAACAAAGGAUACUAUAAUUACAAGUCCAACCCUGCCAUGUCAUACCGCAACACUGAUGUUGCUAACCCUCAGGACCAAGUCUAUCCUCAACAACAAGCAGCUCGAUCGAGUCAAGCGCCACAACAUGGCCUGCACCUACAAGAGAAUGAGCUCAAGGCAAUGCUAAAGCAACUACUUCAAGGGCAAGCUGAUGGGGUAGUGGACACAAGCAAGAAGCUAGCUGAAAUAAACUCCAAGAUCGAGAAUCUCAACACAAGGGUUUACUCUCUGGAGAAUCAUGCUUCUUCUGUUGCUGCUGCUACAAAGCAAGGACAACUACCUGGUAAAGCUAUUCAGAACCCCAAGGAACAGUGCAAGGUCAUCUUCACUCAAGAAGGACUUGUUGAAGAAGAGGAUCAAGAGAGGGUCAUUGAAGAGUUUUGUUUACUGCUGAAUGAUGAUGAGAUUGUUGCUGCUGAGGCUCCUGGAGUCCAGAUUGAUCAACCAGAAGUGCAGGCACCUACUGUGGCCAUUCACACUUCACCAGUUGAGCUCGCACAACAAGCUCGAUCGGCAGCUCGAUCGAGUCGAACUCUAGCUCGAUCGAGUCCGACCUCAUCUGUCCAAAGCCGAUUUUGCUUGAUCCUUACCAACCGGUUGACCACUUCCUCGUCUCGCCUACUUAGUCAAGGUCACAAGGAAGUGAUUCACAAGUUCAGAAGAGAUCUCAGUGGGAUUGGAAUUGAGUUGCCUCCUAUGGAUAGCAUGAGUGAGGCAUUUGAUCAAAUGCAAAUGGUCAAGGAUGUUCUAGCCAACAGUGAUAAAGUUUCAGAGGUCCUGAAGAGUCUACUCAUCAGUUCAACCUGCUUACUUCACCCACUUUCCUACCAAAGGUCAAGGAUCAAGGGAAAUUCACUCUCCCUUGCACACUUGGGCAUCUUGAGCUUGACAAUGCCUUGGUGGAUUCUGGAGCAAGCAUCAAUCUGA